UAGUAGACAUAUCAUCAUCCUCUCUGCAAGUUCGAGAAUCCUAGUGAUGGCCCGUGCUAGCCAUGUCGUGGUUUUCCUUGUCUUCUCAAAUUUGGCCAUAGCCAUGGGCGCCACCCUUCCUCUCUUAGAUCCUUACGUAGGGAAGUGUAAGAGUAGUUGUGAGGAAGAGCUCAAUCUAUCUUUGUACCUGCACCAAGUUGUCAGUGGAGCAGCCCACAACCAAGAAGUAAUUCUCAGCCCCGGCUUUGCUAAUUCGUUUGGUGUGAUGGCAGUUAAUGACUGGACUAUGCAUAACACCACUGAUUCCACUGCAAGUAUCAUUGCUCGGGCAAAGGGAAUGCAUAUCCAGGCUACCCAAAGCCAGGCCAAUGGCGAAGCUUGGUUUCUUCCUUUCAGCAUGGUCUUUGAGGACUCCAGCUUUGGCGGGUCUACAUUACAAGUGAUGGGGACAAUUAGUGGCGCAAAUGGUGAGUGGGCUAUUGUGGGUGGAACAGGAAAACUGUCGAUGGCACGUGGUACCAUAAAGUUCACAAAAGUUCAGCCAGAGAGCAACCCAAACACUGAGAACUACAGAAAGAUUGAUAUCCAUGCAUUCUACACACCCUCACCGGCUGUUUAAGACAUGAAGAAUACGCACGUGCCACAUCAACUGGAAAUGCAAGCCAGCAAUCUUGCAUAAAUAAAAUAUGUGGCUUCCUUUAUGGCUGGUACUAGUAGCUAGUCGUAAUAUGAAUAUCGGUGAAGUCUUUACUUUCAGAUAAUGCAUGUGUUUGUGGCAUAUCAUGAAAAAUCUUAUAUAUACAUCCAUCGGGCAUUUACCAUCUCUGUAAUAUUGGAAUGUAUACUUUAAUUUGGAAUCUUAUAUUCUUAAUAUAUUCUAUGGAAGAGAAUUAAGGAUUUG